ACUCUGCUGACCAGUGCCAAUUUGUUGUUGAAAUGACAGACGGCUCUGCAAAGCUGGCAUCCAGUGCAGACUCGGUCAAGCGGGAGGGGAUCAGCUGCUCGCUGUGCGGGACGGACCUGGUGACGGAAGACCAGUUGCGAGCACACCGUUGCAGUGAGAGGCCUCGUGGACGGGGCCGCUACGCGUGCCGCUACUGCCACUUCGCCUGCAAUGACCGGCUCGAGCACAGCUUGCACCAGACACAGCACCUCAAGGACAGGCCGUUCAGCUGUGGUGUGUGCGGCAAGGCAUUUGCACGCAACAGUGACCGCAACAGGCAUGUCAAGAUCCACACGGGGGUCCGACCCUUCCAAUGCGACGUGUGCUCACGCAAGUUCCGACAGUCAUGGCACCUGCAGUAUCACCGCAGCACCCACACCGACUUCUGAUCACAGGUUUCUGACGUCACGAGUGGCAGCAUUUCGGGCUGACAAAGAUCUUAGCUUCAUCAUGGGAUUUGGCUGCAAGUGCCAAGUCGCCACAUUGCUCAGUGGUAUUCAGUGAUACACAGUUGCGGCAACAAGUGAGGUAUUCAGCGAUACAAUUGCGGCAACAAGUGGCCACCUCUUGUGCCUGCCUCGUACAAGUUGCUGUUCA